AUGGAGCAAUCCCAGAACAUUCAGGGAGCAGAAUCCCCAUUUGAAGGCAAAUCCAUAUCCUCUCCCCACAGCCAGCAAUAUGACAUUCUGUGCAUUGGUUUCGGGCCAGCAGCACUGGCAAUUGCUAUUGCUAUUCGGGAGAGGGGACUCGCGGACAAAAACAUUCUCUUUCUCGAACGUCAGGCCGAAUUCGGCUGGCACACAGGCAUGUUGCUGCCGGGAACAAAGAUGCAGAUUUCCUUCAUGAAAGACCUGGCGACAAUGCGCAAUCCGCAGUCAUACUUCACUUUUGCAAACUACUUGCACAAACACGAUCGCCUCGCCCACUUCAUCAACCUUUCAACUCAUACGCCUUUUAGAGAAGAGUUCAAUGACUACAUGAAGUGGUGCGCGUCGCAUUUUGGAGACUGGGUUCAAUUUAACCAAGAGGUGGUAAAAGUGGCCCCGGUGAAAACAAAUGCUCCCAACCAGGCAGUCGAGUCUUUCAAUGUGACCGCACGAGAUGUGAAAUCUGGUAGCACUCGACACCUCUACGCCAAACACGUUAUAGUUGCGAAUGGUGGUGAGAUGUCGGUUCCAGACGGAUUAAGGAGCCCUCGGUUCAAUGGACAGAUAAUCCAUUCGUCUCAGUACUUGCAUACAGUACCUCGACAAUUCAAAGAUGAGAAUGCUAAGUACCGUUUUGCCGUCGUGGGAGGUGGGCAAAGCGCGGUGGAAAUUUCCGAAGAUCUACAAUCGAGAUACCCUAACUCGCGUGUUGCUCUGAUUUUCCGGGACUCUGCUUUGAGGCCAAGCGACGAUAGCCCUUUUGUGAAUGAAAUCUUUGAUCCUGCCAGCGUCGACGAGUUCUACUCCCUCAAUCCCGCGAACCGCAAAGAAAGCUUGGCCAAAAACAAAGCGACGAAUUAUAGUGUCGUUCGAAUGCAUCUGAUCGAAGGAAUAUAUGAAAAACUUUACAGACAAAAACUGUUGUACCCGGAUUCCCGCGAUUGGGCUCUGUCGUUGAUGCACAACACUGAAGUUACCGGAAUACAGGAGUCGGAUCAAAAGGCAAUAAAGCUUCAAUUGAAGAACACUAUUACUGGAACAAAUAGCACAACCAGUGAAGCUUUCGAUAUGGUGGUUGCCGCUACUGGAUAUCGGAGAAAUCCUUUCCUUAGUAUCCUAGAGGAAUUGAAGCCACUUUUGCUGUCGGGUCCAGGGAACAACGGCCAUUUGGUCCAAAGGAACUAUCGCGUACUGUUCCAACCGGGUUCUGUCGUCCGUGAUGCCGGCGUAUGGCUUCAAGGAUCAUGCGAGAAUAGUCAUGGGAUCAGUGAUAGUCUACUUUCCAUUCUUGCUGUACGUGCAGAUGAAAUCCUGGACUCCCUGAUGGCUAGUCGGAAAGCAAUCAACAGAGCUAGACUGUGA